AUGCCAGCUCUGUGCCGCACGCGAAGGGACGAGUACGGCCUGAGAGGCAGCAAGCACCAACCAUCGGCAGUCUCACACCUGCUCACUAGUUCACUCUUUCUUGAAAUUUCCCUGUCCCCCCCUUUCACCCAUUACCUCAUUCUGUCCCCCCCUUUCACCCAUUACCUCAUUCUCUGCCGCACACUCAGAGAGCAGCACAGCCUGGCAGCCGUCACCAACGACAUCUUCACAUCAACCACCCAUUCCGGCCCUAUGCUCCCCCAUUCCCCCGUCCACUCACAUGAAAACGGCCCUAAUGUUGGCCCUCUGCCGCACGCUGAGAGAGCAGCACAGCCUGGCAGCCGUCACCAACGACAUCUUCACAACCACUCAUAUUCCUCCCGUCCCGCACACCCAUUGUCCAAUCCACCACAGAAAUACUGCUCUCAUGCUGGCCCUGUGUCGCACGGUGAGAGAGCAGCACAGCCUGGUCUGGCAGCGGUUACCAACGACAUCUUCACGCAGGAGGACGGCGAGUUCCUCUCAUGCGCUCUGCUUCUCCCCUCCUUCCCUCCCGCAUGCACUCCACUCCACAAAGACUGCUCUCAUGCUGGCCCUGUGUCACACGCUCAACGACCAGUACAGCCUGGUCUGGCAGCGGUUACCAACGACAUCUUCAUGCAAGAGGACGGCGAGUUCCCCUCAUGCGCUCCUCUGCUCCCCUCCUUCCCUCCCACGGCUAGCUCCCUCCUUUCCUCUGCACCUCCCUUCUUUGCUCUGCAUCUUCACACCGCCUCAUUCCCCCAUUCAACCCCAACCCAUCCAUCGUGUAGCAGAACGGCCCUCAUGCUGGCUCUGUGCCGCACACUAAGGGACAGCAAGACUGCUCUCAUGCUGGCUCUGUGCCGCACACUAAGGGACAGCAAGACUGCUCUCAUGCUGGCUCUGUGCCGCACACUAAGGGACAGCAAGACUGCUCUCAUGCUGGCUCUGUGCCGCACACUAAGGGACAGCAAGACUGCUCUCGUGCUGGCUCUGUGCCGCACACUAAGGGACAGCAAGACUGCUCUCGUGCUGGCUCUGUGCCGCACACUAAGGGACAGCAAGACUGCUCUCGUGCUGGCUCUGUGCCGCACACUAAGGGACAGCAAGACUGCUCUCAUGCUGGCUCUGUGCCGCACACUAAGGGACAGCAAGACUGCUCUCAUGCUGGCUCUGUGCCGCACACUAAGGGACAGCAAGACUGCUCUCGUGCUGGCUCUGUGCCGCACACUAAGGGACAGCAAGACUGCUCUCAUGCUGGCUCUGUGCCGCACACUAAGGGACAGCAAGACUGCUCUCGUGCUGGCUCUGUGCCGCACACUAAGGGACAGCAAGACUGCUCUCGUGCUGGCUCUGUGCCGCACACUAAGGGACAGCAAGACUGCUCUCAUGCUGGCUCUGUGCCGCACACUAAGGGACAGCAAGACUGCUCUCAUGCUGGCUCUGUGCCGCACACUAAGGGACAGCAAGACUGCUCUCGUGCUGGCUCUGUGCCGCACACUAAGGGACAGCAAGACUGCUCUCAUGCUGGCUCUGUGCCGCACACUAAGGGACAGCAAGACUGCUCUCGUGCUGGCUCUGUGCCGCACACUAAGGGACAGCAAGACUGCUCUCGUGCUGGCUCUGUGCCGCACACUAAGGGCGUAUCCAGCUGGAUACGCCCUAAGGGACAGCAAGACUGCUCUCGUGCUGGCUCUGUGCCGCACACUAAGGGACAGCAAGACUGCUCUCGUGCUGGCUCUGUGCCGCACACUAAGGGACAGCAAGACUGCUCUCAUGCUGGCUCUGUGCCGCACACUAAGGGACAGCAAGACUGCUCUCAUGCUGGCUCUGUGCCGCACACUAAGGGACAGCAAGACUGCUCUCGUGCUGGCUCUGUGCCGCACACUAAGGGACAGCAAGACUGCUCUCAUGCUGGCUCUGUGCCGCACACUAAGGGACAGCAAGACUGCUCUCGUGCUGGCUCUGUGCCGCACACUAAGGGACAGCAAGACUGCUCUCAUGCUGGCUCUCAAGACUGCUCUCAUGCUGGCUCUCUGCCGCACACUACGAGACAAGUACAGCCUGGCAGCGGUCACCAACGACAUCUUCACGCAGGAGGACGGCGAGUUCCUGAUCAAGCACGCCGCCCUCUCGCCGCCCGGCCGCAUCCGGGCGGUGGAGACGGGCGGCUGUCCGCACGCCGCCAUCCGGGAGGACAUCAGCAUCAACCUGGGGCCGCUGGAGGAGCUUUCCUCUGAGUUUAAGGCGGAUAUGCUGCUGUGCGAGUCAGGCGGAGACAACCUAGCGGCCAACUUCAGCCGAGAGCUAGCAGACUACAUCAUCUAUAUCAUCGAUGUGUCGGGCGGCGACAAAAUCCCCAGGAAGGGCGGCCCGGGAAUCACCCAGGCAGACCUGCUGGUGGUGAACAAGACUGACCUGGCGCCGGCGAUCGGUGCUGACCUGGCGGUCAUGGAAGCGGACGCGCUGCGCAUGCGGGAUGGGGGGCCCUUGGUGUUUGCACAGGUGAAGCACGGGGUGGGGGUACCAGCCAUAGUGGACCAUGUGCUCACAGCGUGGUGUGCCGCCACAAGCCAGCCCAGGAGGUGCUCACAGCGUGGUGUGCCAUCCUCGCAGGUGAAGCACGGGGUGGGGGUACCAGCCAUAGUGGACCAUGUGCUCACAGCGUGGUGUGCCGCCACAGGCCAGCCCAGGAGCCCAGAAGUUCAGAUGGCAGCAGCGUCGUCAGGGACUCUAAACGGCCUGUCGAAUGGCGGCGCCAGCCACGCCGCCAUUCGCGGCCCACGCUUCGGCACCUACAACCGACGUGGCACGUCUGUCUCCACCGCGUCGCGUGCGACACUGAUGAGAUUUCGAGCCGCUGGCGACACGUGGCAAUCGGCCACCGCGCGACAAUGCGGGUGGUCCAGCGGGGAGAUUGGGGGAGGAUGGGGAAACGGCGGGAUUGCCGGAGGAUUGCGCAGGCGCGCGGAACGGAAAGGGGGAGUAUCUGCAGCGGUAGGGGUUGCCGGUGGGGGGGGAGUGGUUGUUGUAGCGGCGGCGGGAGCGGAGCAGUCGCCUUAUGACGUGCUGGGAGUGGCUCGAGGCGCGUCUCAGAAGGAGAUUAAGUCCGCGUUCCGGCGGCUGGCCCUUAAGUACCACCCCGACGUGAAUAAAGCGCCCGACGCUCAGGAGCGUUUUGUGCGCAUAAAGCAGGCGUAUCAGACGCUCACAGACCCCGAUGCUGCUGCCAACGCCAAGGCGCGCGCAGCCUCGCAGCGGCAGCAGCAGCAGUGGGCGCGGAGCAGCAGCAGCACCAGGGCGAGGGGGGGUUAUGGUGCGCAGUGGGACGCGGAUUUCAGUGGCCCGUUUGACCCGUUUGAUGCGUGGAAAGGACUAAAGAACAAGCCAGAUGACUUCUACAGCCUUGACGAUUUCUUCAAGGAUCUUCAGAAGGACUUUGAGGAGAAGCAGAAGGAGCGCGGCACUGGCAAGCCCAAGAGCCUGUGGGAGGAGCUGGCGGACCUUGGAGAGGACUUGGUGGAUUUCCUGGAGAAGAAUGUCCCGGAGCAGCAAGAGAAGCCCAACUAUAGCAAAGAAGCGCAGCAGAGCACGUGGGAGGAGAGGAUUAAGAAGGAGAAGGAGAAGGAGAUUGAUGAUGAGCUGCAGAAGCUGAAGCGCGAGAUGGGGCUGUGA